AUGCGGCCUAUAAAAUGUCAUUCCUUGUACUGGCGGGGAGGGGGUCCAAAACAUUUUGGUGGGAAAGAGAGUGGCUUUAGGAUAGAACAGCUGUCAGGUCGGAGCGCCGGGCCCUGGCAAGGCAGUCGACCUUUCCCGGCCCAGUUUCCGAACCUGGAAUCUGGGCUGGCACCCGCGCUAGGGGCUGUAGACUUCGCAAGCACCCAGCUCCGAGCUUGGCCAACCCGAGCGGACCUCAGCCGGAAGGGCAGCGUGGACGAGGGGGUGGCAGAGCUCGUGAGGCUCCUGAACGCGCAGGAGCAGUUCUUCACCACCAGCUCGUGCGCGGGCCGCGUCGUCCUGCUGGACGGGGGUAUAAAUGGUUUUGAGGUUCAGAAGCAAAACUGUUGCUGGCUGCUGGUUACACACAAACCUUGUGUAAAAGAUGAUGUGACACAGGCUCUGAAGAAGGCACGUGGCGAGGUUGUCCUGAAAUUCGAGCCAUUUGUCCUUCACGUGCAGUGUCGGCAGCUGCGGGACGCGCAGAUUCUGCAUUCAGCGGCAGUAGAUUCUGGUUUCAGGAACUCUGGCAUAACGGUGGGAAAGCGAGGAAAGAUUGUGCUGGCUGUCCGGAGCACACAUGGCUUGGAAGUUCCAUUAAGCCAUAAGGGAAAACUGAUGGUGACAGAGGAAUACAUCGGCUUCCUGUUAAAUGUGGCAAAUCAAAAAAUGGAGGAAAACAAGAAAAGAAUUGAAAGGUUUUACAACUGCCUGCAGCAUGCUUUGGAAAGAGAAGCGAUUACAAACUCACAUCCCAAGAUCGAAGAGCAAAACAACCCAUCAUGCACUCAUAGGAGAAAAAGAAACCCAGAAAAAGCGUGUGGCAAAUGUAUUACUGAAGAAAACGAAAAAGACCUGGAAAACGAUGAUGACGGCGUCGAUCUGGGAACCAGUGUUGCCAUCUUCCCUGAAGACGGCUGAGAUCUGGCUCUGAAGCAGCCUGAUAGUGUUUCUCAUUCGUUUUAUAAAGCUGCUCUUUAUAAGAGUAUCUUAGUUCAUUGAGUGUAUCAGCCAUUCAGAAAAACAAGAUUUAUUUUCUCUGUAUUUCAGAGAAACUCAUAAACAUAGAUGGCUUUCUAAAAUAGCUUUGUGUACUGUUUACUCAUUAAAUACUACUCUUUUGAGUCACA